CCCCUGAGCCAUCGCAGUACUAAGGCACUUAAAUAACACUUUUUACAACCAGUUGACGUACAUUCUCAUUGUUUAUCCGUCUAGUUGAAAUGCCCUCGAGUUAUUUGGAUGGCUGCCAGUGAGCGGUGCAUCACUCCAGAUAUUGGCUCCCGAUAUUUUUGCGUUAAAUAUUUUAUACAAACAAUAAACCGUUUCGGCGAGCGCCAGAUAAAUGCAUUAUCUCUAAAGUGUAGACCUACAUGAUACGUUCAUCUUUUGUUUUAUAAAUUGUUGAUGUUACCUUAUCCUGCUCUAUCUCUUUGAAAAGACAAAGACGACACGAUGUUUUAUAAAGUAAAAAAAAUAUUUUUUUAUUAAAUUGAAAACCUCUCGUCUCUCCACAGUCUAAUUAUAAAUGUUGGGCAAAUGAAAGACCUUGUUCCUGUUUAAAAAUAAUCGUACGCCCGUACGUGUUAUAGAGAUUCAGUUUACAACAGACGGGAAUAUGAAAAGCUCGUAUCUUUGAUUAUUUUUUUGUGGAUUUAAUUGUGUUUAAUCUUCAGUGAAAUGUUCAAAAGAAAAAAUAGUGUGGAUAAGAGUGCUAAUAAAUGAUUUAUUUAAAAACAUUGAUAUGGUUUUCAAAUUAAAUAGAAAACAUAAAAUGACAUAGAAAUAUUUGCCCGCUCGAGUGUUAUCCCAUUUUCUCCGAGAGCGAAAUCAGAUUGCAUCAUUAAAAAUGGAUUGCGUAAAAUCUAGUACGGUACUCCAUUGGAAUUAUAGGGGAUUUACAAAAUUUCCAAUAGAGCACUUACGAGGCGAGGAAGACGAUGUAACAGAUAUUUAUUUAAAAGAGAAUCUAAUAUCGCGUGUCCCGAACGAUAUUGGUAAACUACGGAACCUGGAAAGUUUGUAUUUAACCGGGAACGAUAUUACGGAACUGCCUCGAGAGAUCUCCCAGUUGCAGCGACUCAAGUGCCUGGAUGUGAGCGGGAACCGAUUGCGGGGUGUUCCAGACGAGAUCGGGGAACUUAGGGAACUCAAGUUCCUAAUAUUGGACGAAAACGAGCUUCGGGAACUGCCAUUGAGAAUGUCAGAACUGAGAUCACUGCGCUAUCUUUCGGUUUGUGAUAACAAGUUGCAAUGGUUGCCACAAAGACCGAUCUACAAUUAUUUCCACUGCGAGUUUAGAUUCUGGCGAAAUCCCGGCUUGAAGACUAUACCUUAUUCGCUUUGGUAUCACAUGUUUCGAGAACAACAAACUAGAAGUCUUAACAUAGGAUCUUUAAAUAUUACAGAGAAUCGACAAGUAUCAAACAAUAUGACAUGUCGUUUAACAAUACAUCAGGAAUGCAGAGAAUAUGAAAUUGACAUCAACUGUCCACCCCAACAUAAGAAUAUUGUCGAAACUGGACGUUACUCCCCGCCAAGCCUCUUCGAACUUACAAAAAGAAUCGCCUAUCAAAUGAUUUUAACAACCGUCAAACAAUAUACAACUAAUUUUAAUAUAUAUUCCGAUAGAAAUAAUUAUUAUUUAGACAGUAAAAGCAAUGCAUUAGCUAAUCUUGAAAAAACUUUUGAUACAUUGGCAAUCGAUAAUAAUGUUGAAACUUGUUAUGAUUUUAAUAAAUACCAGGAGCCAGGAAUUUGUCAAUAUUCAUACAAGAAAAGUGAAAGAAGAAAUUAUUACGUACCGAAAGAUAUAAUCGAAAUGUUCUAUACAUUUCUUCCAUAUUUUAUUAAAAUUGAAUUGUCCAAUGGACCUAUUUCGAAAUGUGAUAACGCAUACUGUAAGAAACCAAUUUUUGAUUAUCUGAUCUACGAAUUUUGCAUAGAGAAAAUAAUACUCAUAGAUAGCAGUGAAGAUGUUAUUUUAAAUGCAAAUUUUUGUUCAAAAUCCUGCGCUGAUUUUUGGAAAUUAGGGAAACAGAAUAUAAUAUCAUGGAGAUUGUUAAAUCAAUAAAAGUGUCAGAUAAAAAUUUACUUUGUUCAUUUAAAGUCCGUUUACCUUACCAGAUUUCGCU